UCAGAUCCCGUUUCCCAAACCUACGCGUGGCCGCAGCAACAUGGAAGCCGAGACAAGGCUGAAAAAGUUGUACUGUUGGCCGUAAUCUGCACUCUUUAAAAAAAAUAAACUCGCUCUUCUUCGCCUAUAACAAGUCACAGUGGAUGCAAUGAAAAUGCUUGGCAUGUACGUGCCUGACAGAUUUUCUCUGAAGUCGUCUAAAGUCCAGGAUGGAAUUGGUCUUUACACCGCCAGACACGUAAAAAAGGGAGAGAAAUUUGGCCCAUUUGCUGGUGAAAAGAAGAUGCCUUGUGACUUGGAUGAUAACAUGGACCCUCGACUAAUGUGGGAGGUACGUGGAAGCAAAGGAGAGGUGCUUUACAUUCUAGAUGCUAGUAAUCCAAGACAUGCAAACUGGUUGCGUUUUGUCCAUCAGGCGCCAUCACAAGAGCAAAAAAAUCUGGCAGCAAUUCAGGAUGGAGAAAAUAUAUUUUACUUGGCUGUUGAUGACAUUGACACUGACACAGAACUUCUAAUUGGCUACCUGGAUAGUGACAUGGAAGAACUGGAAGAGGAAGAGGAGGAAGAGGAAGUCAUCAUCAAGGAAGAGGAAGAAAACACAAAAGAUAUACAGCAAACCACAGAAAAGGAACCAGCAAAUGAGGAGGAAGAUCAUGCCUGCCCACAUUGUGAAAGUAGCUUCUCAAGUCAGGAAAUACUUGCUGCUCACGUACAAACACUUCACCAAAAACCCAGUGAAGAAAAAGAGUUCAAAUGUAGAAACUGUGGAAAGAAAUUUCCAGUCAAACAGGCUUUACAAAGGCAUGUUCUACAGUGCACGGAGAACGUCAGUCCUGGAGAUACUUCAAAGGCCUAUCAAUGUUCCCUCUGCAGCACUUCCUUCAGCUCUGAAUCAAGUUUUGAACAACAUAAAGAAGCUUGCAAAGGGGAUGCCAGGUUUAUAUGUAAAGCCGAUUGCUGUGGGAAAAGGUUCAAAAGCAAGGAUGCCUUGAAAAAGCAUAAACAAAAUGUACAUACAGGAAACCCUCGCAAGAAACUGAUGUGCACUGUUUGUAAUAAGAAAUGCUCUUCAGCUAUGAACCUGCAGGAGCAUCGAAAGGUUCAUGAGUUGUUUGACUGCCAAGAGUGUGAUAAAAAAUUUAUCUCCAGUAAUCAACUUAAACGCCACAUGAUCACCCAUUCAGAGAAACGCCCAUACACCUGUGAGGUCUGCAGCAGGUCCUUCAAACGUCUUGACCAAGUUACAGCCCACAAAAUCAUACACAGUGAAGAUAAACCCUACAAGUGUAAGCUCUGUGGUAAAGAGUUUGCUCAUCGAAAUGUUUACAAGAACCACAAAAAGACUCAUUCAGAAGAGCGUCCUUUUCAGUGUGAGGAAUGCAAAGCCUUGUUCAGGACUCCAUUUUCCCUACAAAGACACUUGUUGAUACACAAUAGUGAAAGAACUUUUAAGUGUGAUCAGUGUGAUGCUACAUUUAAAAGAAAGGACACUUUGAAUGUUCACAUCCAAGUUGUACAUGAUGGACACAAAAAGUACAAAUGUGAUCUUUGUGAGAAGGCUUUUGUGACUCCUUCAGUGCUAAAGAGCCAUAAAAAAACUCAUACUGGAGAAAAGGAAAAAAUAUGUCCAUACUGUGGCCAGAAAUUUGCAAGUAAUGGAACUCUGAGAGUUCACAUCAGGAGUCAUACAGGUGAACGCCCCUACCAGUGUCCAUACUGUGACAAGGCUUUCAGCAAGAAUGAUGGAUUGAAAAUGCAUAUACGGACACACACAAGGGAAAAGCCGUAUCAGUGUACUGAGUGUAACAAGGCUUUCAGCCAGAAGCGAGGUCUAGAUGAGCACAUGAGGACUCACACUGGAGAAAAACCAUUCCAAUGUGACGUUUGUGACCUCUCCUUCAGUUUAAAGAAGAUGUUGAUUCGGCACAAGUUGACUCAUAAUCCGAACAGACCUAUGGCAGAAUGCCAGCUCUGCCACAAGAAGUUUACCAGAAAUGAUUACCUCAAAGUCCACAUGGAGAAUGUGCACGGGGAAACGGACAGUUGAAACAGAAGUGAGAGUGAAGCAACUUGUCGGCUGAUACUGUAACAUUGCAUAACAAAUCUCAACAUAUGGAGUGCUCUUUAUGACUUUUGUAGGUGACCCUCCAAAUUUAUUUUGAAUCAGAAAUUCACUGUAUGGUGCCAUGAUAUACUGGCAUAAUGCAGAUUUUAUAAGGUCUCGCAUCCUUUUUGCCACUUUUUCAAACAUCUUUUGGAUACAUAUGUUCAGUAUUAUUUCAGAGUAGUUAUUAGUCUUUUUCAAUAAUUUGUUUAAUUUGUUUCAAGCAUUGACAUAUUUUAAGUAACUUGUUUUACCUCUUAGGUUUACCAAGUUAUUCCCAACAGAAAAGAAGAUAAGCAAGAGUUUUAACCCAUUAAUUGAUUAACUUAUCUGUGCGUAAAUGAGUGCAGAAAAAGAAGUGCACAGCCACUGCAAAAUGAGUAUGUGAUUCCUAUUCAUCUUAGAAAAUUUUAAACCGGACAAAAACCAGCCCACAUCCCAUGAAUGUCAAAGACAUCUUACAUGAGCAAAAUUAGUUGUUUCUGACAUUUUUGCAAGUUUGAAAUAAAAAAAAUAUUCUUUCUGCAUCAGAAUAGCAUUUUCCUUACAAUACAGAAGUUGCUGUUGUUUAUUAGCAUAAGAAAAUCUCAAAUAUUAAUAACAUGUACGAACUUUGUAAAUGUAGCAAAAUUAAUUUAAACAUAAAACUGCCUAUAUUGUUUAUUUAAGGAAAAUGACCAUAACUGGAGGCUUGAAAAAUGUAAUUUCUAGAUAAAGCAAUGAGACAUUCAUUUUUAUAACCAAUACUGUGUUGAGCGUACCCAGUGUCUGUCCCUACAGCAUCAGGUAGAAAACAGAAAUCAAUCCUAUUUAGGAUGGCCUUGUAUCACAGGGCACACCCACUCAAACCCAUUCACGUCAGGUCUGUUUAGAGUCCAUCUUGUAUGACUUUGGAUGUGGAAGGAUAAUCAGAAUGACUAUUUAUUACAAAAAAAAAACACACAA